UCUGUCGAAUAUUCAUCAUCAGUCAUCCAAGACAAUUCGAUCGGAUCGGUAGUCAAGAUCGCGGCGCUAAAGAAUGGUUGUUUCGCGGUAGCGUGGACUGCUUUAAAAAUUAAUAUCGUUGGAAACUCGAAAGGAUUCAGUCUAUUCCAAACAAGUAUUCGAAACAAGAAUAGAGAAUACAAGCAGGGAAAAUGUUUCGGAACCACCUGAUAACGAUUUUUAUGUGGCUCGUGUACUCUUUUUUGCGUCCUAUCUUCGCCUACAUUUACUCCAAGAAACGAAAGAGUGUACCAGCGAUCAGGAAUCCUCUGCUAACUUUCAGUGCCGUCGAACUGGCAAAGAAGGUCAGACAGGGAGAACUUUCUAGUCAAACUAUAGUGGAGGCAUACAUCGAGCGAAUCAAGGAGGUGAAUUGUUUCGUGAACGCAGUAGUGGACGAACGAUUCGAGGCAGCCAUAAACGACGCGAAAGCAUGCGACGCGAAACUAAAGUCUGGAAAAGUUACCGCCGCUGCUCUAGAAAAGAGUCAACCGCUUUUCGGAGUACCAUUCACUGUCAAGGAGGCCUGUUCCGUUGCAGGAUUGAGUUACACGGGAGGGAGCUUGGCGAGGAAAGGGAUGAAAGCAACGGAAGACGGAUCAGCGGUGGAGUUAAUGAAAAACGCCGGCGCUAUUCCUCUGUGCGUUACCAACACUCCAGAAUUCUGCCUGGGCACUACGUCCACGAAUAAUCUUUUUGGGACAACCAAGAACCCGUACGACACGAGCAAAACAUGCGGGGGCUCGUCGGGCGGGGAGGGUGCACUGAUCGGUGCAGGAGCGUCCGUGCUUGGUAUCGGUUCGGAUAUACUAGGAUCGAUAAGAAUACCAAGUCAUUUCUGUGGUAUUUUUGGUCACAAACCUACGCCCGGUAUUGUCUCUACCCGCGGACAUCUUCCAACCGCUGAAAACAACGCGUUGCGUUUCAUGGCUGUAUUCGGCCCGAUGGCAAGACACACGGAAGAUCUUCAUUUGGCUAUGAAAGUAUUGUCCGCCAACUGCGAGAGACCGUUACGAUUGGACGAACCGGUGGAUGUGAAAACUCUCAGAGUAUUCUACGUGGACAAUAUCGAUAGCGUGUUGGGCACGAGAUCCACUACGUUGGACAUAAGACGAACGAUUAAACUAGCGACAGAUUACCUGGCGAAGAACGGUGCACAAGUUAAACAGACGUCGCAGGAGUGGGUACACGAUUCAUUCUUGUUCCUGCUGACCUCUUUUCUCUCCAAGGAGAAUCCCGAAGAACUCAUCACGGAUAAAUCGCCCGACGCAAGGAAGAAGCUGUUCCUCGAAUUGUUAAAGGCGCUCGUCGGAUUGUCGAAUAAUACGCUGCAGUUCAUAUUCACUGUUCUAUUGAUAGAGUUUCAUGGAUUUAUUCCCCGCGCGGCCGAAGAGUAUUAUAACGCGAAGAAGGACACCAUGCGUGGGAUCAUUAACAAAGCUCUUGGUAACGACGGAGUGUUCAUAUGCCCCACCUAUCCGCACGCAGCGAGUAUAGCGGAAUUAACAUUCCUCAGGAACGAUUGCGUUAUUUAUACCUCCAAUUGUAAUUGUUUGCAGCUGCCAUCGACGCACGUCCCAAUGGGAUUCAAUGACGAAGGAUUGCCAAUUGGCUUUCAGGUGAUAGCUGGAUCCUAUCAGGAUCGUCUUUGCUUAGGAGUCGCCAGAGAGAUGGAAAAGGCAUUCGGUGGUUGGAUACCACCCACCAGCUGAGUUUCUCUAAUUAUUCGUGUGACAUUUUCACCUAGAAAAACAAAAAACACUACUUGUUAUUAGUUAUGUAGUGAAAAUCAUUGUUUUCUUUACCUACUCAUAGACCAAUA